AUGGAACAAGCCAUCUCGUCUAGACUCCGCCGCGGCCCGGAUGUUUUGGCCCGUGAGCCAAUAUUCAGCUUAGAUGGACCUUAUCAAUACAUUGGCAGGUUGCCGAAUGCGGAGGAGAAGCAGGGUCGUUGGUGGUCGUCGAUCCAGAGUCUUUGGAAGAUGCCGUGCUUCAACGGUGGAACUUGGAUGCGUCGCAGGGUGCUUGCGUAUGUGAUCGAUCGAUCGAAACGGUUCAUGGAACUCUCCGAGACGCCCCACUCUGCCUAA